GGAGCCUGGCAGGGACGGUCUUCUGACAAGUGGCCUCUGGAGGACGCCCAAGAAGAAAGGACCCAGCCGCCGGGCCUCCUCUCCCUCGGGCCCCGAGGUCAUGGCCCCGCAGAGGGGGUCACUGCUUCUGCUGGCCCUCAGCCUGGGCCUGGCCGGUGCCCAGAAGACCCUAGACGACGUGCCGGUACAGCCCGGGUUUAAUGCCCACGAGGUGGAGGGACGCUGGCUGACUGUCCAGCUGGCUGCCAGCCGCGCCCACCUGGUCUCCCCAGACGACCCCCUGAGGCUCGGCCUCCAUUCCAUUUGGACGCAGGGCGAGGACGUGGAGUUCGUCUUGUUCUGGACGGGAGAGGGGGUGUGCAAAGGAGUGAACAUCACCGUCCACCCAACCGGGCUCCAAGGCCAGUUCCAAGGCUCCUUGGAGGGAGGCGCCAGCGUGCACAUCUGCUUCGUGAGCACGGACUACAGCAGCCUCAUUCUUUACGUCCGCCUCGAGGAUGCCGGCGAGGUCACCAGCCUGUGGGCUCUUCUGGCCAGAAGAACACGUGGGGACCCCACGUGGCUGCGGAAGUUCCUCGAGUACGUGGCCAGAUUCCACCUGCAGAAAGCCCCCAUCUUCAACCUCGACGCCCGGUGCCCCGCAGCUGAAGCCUAGGUCAGGGCCGCCGGAGAUGUCCUGCCUGGCCCUCCUGACCCCUGCCCUGGCCUCCCUCCCCUCCCCCUGCCUUGCUUGCCCUGGGGCCUCCCGAA